AUGUUCGCCUUUGGAGACCAAAAGAACUCGGUCGUCUGGAAAACCAUCAAGUUCCCAGCAGAGGCCACAACUCAGGCGAGGUUCACCUAUCACAACCAACUCUGCUUCAUGUAUCCAGAGGUCCACAAUAAUCAUAUUGUAGGAUCGGUCUCGUCUCCAAGUGUCAAGGCAGGAUCCAUAUCUCUCUUCGUCGGCCAACAAGUCACGCUUAUUACCAAGGCCAACCAGUUCCUCUUUAUGAAUCCUAUUGCGGGAACGCCCAACGCGAUUAGCGCAGAAAACGGGACAGCUCAAAAUGUCAAUUUAGCCAUCGGUUUUGCGCUUGAUCAUGGGGAACACUACCCUGUUCGCUAUUGUCCUGGCAUCGCAUCGAAUGAAACGUUCACGGCCGAGUUCAAGCCUGUCCUGAAUGCAUACGUGACUGGUGAAUUCAGAGAAGGCGAGAUCUUACCCGGCGGAGUGGAGGUGCCCAAGAUUUGGAGCCAGAAUCUUGCUGAACUGGAUGAAUCCACAAAAUGGGUUCUAAAUUUUAACAUGUCUACUGGGGAGCUACGCCUCGUCCGUGCAUAG